GAUUUGAACAUGAUAAUGGCUUCCCUUAGCCAAAGUAGUUUCAACUCUAAUAUAACUAGAACCACUGUGCCAGAAGAGUUAGUUCUUGAUCAAGAUGAUGACUUUCUAGAUGAAAUUGACCGAGUUAAUGAUUUAUACUUUGGGAACAUUGAGCCCAAUACAUUUCAAAAUGAACAGAAUUCAAGUGCCGAGUCAAGUGAUUGUAAUGAUUCUGAUACAGACAUACUUUCUCAAGGUCAUGUUAAUGAUACUGAAUUUGAAAUAGAGCAGAGAGAUGUAGACUUGUUAGAACAGUCCGCGCAGUCGAAGUUCCAUACAGAAGGCUGUGGUUGCAUCAGAUUAUAUGGAAAGCCUUGCAGCACAAUUCUAAAUUGGGAGACACUUGUUGAAUAUCGCAACCACUGUUUAGAAACUGAGAAAAAGGAACUAGACUUAAUGAUUAAGAUACAACUUUUUCAUCACAGAAAAUCGGGUGAUGAGACUUGCUCAAAAAAACGUGUAAAUAAAGAAAGAGUUAAGGCGAGGCAAACUUACGUUUUUAAUGGGAAAUAUAUAUGUAGAAGCACGUUUGCCUUUGCACAUGGUGUUCAAAGGAAAACCAUAGACCGAAUAGCAAAAUCUUUAGAUAAUGAAGGGUUGGUUGCGAGAAGACAUGGCAAUUUUGGCAAAACCCCUAAGCAUGCCCUUACCGUUGGUGAUGUGAACAAUGUCACCACCUUUCUCAAUACUUACGCAAAUAAAUAUGGAUUACCUCUACCUGGUCGACUUCCAAACUACAGGGAAGGAAAAACUACAUUAUUGCCCUCAGACAAAUCUAAAGCUGACAUUCAUAAUCUGUAUCUUAAAGCUGCAGAGGACAUGCAAUUUCGCAAAAUAUGUUUGUCUGAAUUUCGCAAAAUUUGGUUGGAACAGUGUCCACAAAUACUAGUAAUGAAACCGGCAACAGAUUUAUGUCAUAAGUGUCAAGGUUAUGUUACAGAUAUUACUAAGGGCGGUAAUCUCUCUGAGGAACAAAAAACAGAAAAAUUAAAAGAGUAUCAGGAUCAUCUAGACAAAGUUAAAACACAGAGAGAUCAUUACAGAGAGCAAUGUGAAAAUGCUAAAUCAGUAUACAAAAACUUAUCAGAUGAGAGAAAGGUCAGAGGGCAGCCAGUAUGUUCCAGUGAUAUUUGUCAACAUUACAGUUUUGACUACGCACAGCAAAUCCAUUAUCCACAUUAUGCCCAACAAGUUGGACCGCUUUUCUUUAAAACACCAAGAAAAUGUCAGUGCUUUGGUGUCUGUGCAGAAGGUUCAGGAUCCCAGACAUUUUAUCUCAUGGAUGAGGAGCAUGACAUUGGAAAGGGGGCAAACUCUGUUGCAAGCAUGCUGCAUCACCAUUUGCAGCAUCAUGGUUAUGGAGAGAGUCAGGUCUGUUUGCAUAUGGAUAAUUGCAGUGGUCAGAAUAAAAACAACAUUGUUAUAGGGUAUGGAAUGUGGCGAAUUUUAUCUGGUCUGCACAGUACUUUAGAAUUUUCCCUUAUGGAGGCCGGACAUACAAAAUUUCAUCCGGAUUGGCAUUUUGGGUUGUGGAAAGUCAAAUGGAGGAAUGCAUCUGCAGAGACUAUAGAACAGGUGGCAGCAACUGUUAAAGAGUCUUCCCGGAAUGGGCAUAACAUUCCGCAUGUCACAAAUGAUCCCACCUGCCCAGUUCAGUUUUUCGAGUGGGGGCUGUUCUGUAAAAGGUUCUUUCGUCGAAUACCAAGACUGAAAGAUUUUCAUCAUUUUCGUAUGAGCAAAGAAUUCCCUGGCACAGUUUUUCUCAGAAGAUAUGCUGAUGGAGUUGAAACUUCAUUUAAUAUGUUAAAGGAACCCAUCCAACCUACUGACUUCCCUGGUGAAUUACACCCAACUGGAUUAGAUGCUGCUCGGUUGUGGUAUCUUUAUGAGCAAGUUGCUCCAUAUUGUGCAAACAAGCAAAUCUUUACUAUGCCAACAGUACCAAAACCUUCACUGAUAAAAGUUGAACAGUCAGAAACAAAGAGUUCAAAGAAAAGGAAACUAAAUACUAAGUGAAGUUAUAAUAUUCUUUCACUAGGGGAAUGUCAGACAAGAUGGUGAUUCUCUAAAUGUUUAUCCUGUAACAAGGCUCACCAAGUUCCUUUGUAGACAGUUACUGAGUUACAGAUAUUUCCAUUUGCAUUUUCAAUAUAGUUUUUUUCAUGGAUUUGAUAUUCAGAUAGUUCCAGUAAAAUAAUGGACAGUCAUGUGUGAUGUUCAAUAAGAAAGUUUUGUUUGUUCAUGUAGCAAUAUUAAAAUGACUGUAAGAGUAAUUUUACAGACUUUCCAGUGACAAUAAUUUCUCUGUAUGAAGCUAAUAUUUAUUUUAAUGCUGCAAAAGUAAGAAAUUACUGUGUGAAUGUACUAUAGAUGAUUUGUUAUUAUAGGAUUACAUUUUUUCAAUUGCUGUUAUAAAUGUAAGCCAAACUAGACUGUUGUGAAAUUAGUUCUGUUAUUUAAACAGGGUUAUUAAUUAUGUGCAUUGAAGAAAACAUUGACAGUGUAUGAAAAAACUGCUUUUUGAUGACAAAUUUUCAGUUGCAACAGGUACUCCAGAAUUUUUCAGAU